UGGAUGACCUUGUAUGCAGGGAGCUUAAUAAAAAGGAUAUCCAAGCAGUUUCAACCAUUUUGGUUUCUUUUGGAAGAUGUGGCAAAAAUAUCACUAUAUUGGGGCAAGGUGGACUUACAGCUAUGAUAAAACAAGGACUGGUCCAAAAGAUAAGUAUGGAAUAUGUAAUAUUUAUGUGAGGGGAAAUAGGAUUCAAGGUGUGUUUUCUAAUAAAAUGUUCAAACAGUUGAAAAAUAAAUUUGGGGAAGUUUACAUAAAACUGUAGGUAAAAUAAGUAUUUUUGUAACCUGAGCUAUAUGUUGCAAAGAUAGAGAUCAAAAGGACACCCAAUCCACCAGGCUCCUUGAUGAUCAUGUGAAUUUAAGGCCACAAGAUUCCCUGAGGCUUUUACUUGUUUUAUCUAUUUACUGUCUAAUUUGUUUUUCUUUUUAUAUCGUUUAUUAUCUGUUUCCCAUGCUAAAAUGUGGGAUAUUGAUUUUUGUUUUAUUCAUUUGUAUACCUAGCUCUGAGAACAGUACCUGGGAAGUAGUAUAUUCUCAAAUACGUGAAGUAAUUAAAGUAAAAUAACACCAAAACUUUUCAAAUAGUAAUAAUGCCAAAAUAAUCUAAUUCAUGAUGAUAAUUUAUUUUCAUCUACUAAUGAAUGUACCUGAACUAGGAAUUUGAAAGGGGAAAUCAAGGUCUUCUGCCUAGACUUAGGAUUAGUUCAUCUAUUCCCAUCUAAACUGGUAAAAUAUAGUGAAUUAUCAAAAAAUGAAAACAACAAAGAUGUUUAAAAACAUAAAACUUCUUUUCAUACAAUACUGGGAUUUUUAUUUUUAUGUUUCUUUAUUCCUAGGUUUACUGUUUAUGCAAGAUAAGUACAUUCUUAAGUUAUUAAAAUUUAAUUCAAAGUAACUAAUGUAUACAUUUCCUUUUUUACAUGGUUGCGUGGUUUGAAAAAUCAAAGGAGAUUAUUCUCAGUCGAGGAAAUUCAAAAGAUGAGACGGUUAUAAAUAUGAUAGAAGACUUAUUUGAUCUUUUGAUGGUAAAGCCACAUUGAUUAACCAAUCUUACAAGCAUGUGUUUAUUUAAAAUACAAUUUGUGUUCUGUAUGUCCAGAGCCUAAAAGUUCCUAGCAGAUUGAUUAGUGACUUGAUUGGAUUUGUCUGUUCAGAUUGUAUAAAGCACUUAUUCUGAUUAAUACAAUUAAAUAGUUAAUAAAAAAUAAUUACAUGGUGAAUUCAAAUGUGAUCUGUUACUUUAAUACUAUUUUAAUAUUUACUAAUGAAUCAAUACAAUAUAAUGGUUUAUAAUACAAGAUAAUUAUAAAUUAAAUAUUCACUUUUUUUUCAGGUCAUACAUGACAUCAAUGAUGAAGGUAAAAGGCAAGUAGUGGAAAGUUUCGUGCCUCGAAUCUGUGUCCUGGUUAUUGACUCAAGAGUGAAUAUUUGUAUUCAGCAGGAGGUAAAGUCAUCUGUUAGAUUUUUUUUUUAAAAAACCUAAAAAUGAGAGAGUGAAGCAAAUUUAGUAGCAAUUCAUCAAAAUGAAUAAUUAUUUUUUCUUGGUACUAAAUUAAUUAUGUAGUGUAUUUCUGUUGUCUUAAUUCAUUGCCUGACGUGAUGAAUAAAUGUUACCCAAAUAUUUAUUGAAACUUCAUAGCCAUCUGUGUUUGUGUAUGCGUAUAGCUCGUAUGAAAAUAAAUUAUACCAUCCAGAUAUUAGGAGUUCUCAGUAUUUAAGUGCUAAAAAUAACCUGUAUUAGUAUAUAUAUGUGUGUACAUAUAUAUAACCAUAAGAACAAAUAUAAAUCAGGUAAUAGUUUUUGCUUCUUUAGUUCUUAUGAGUAAUAAACAUGUCUUAUUGCAAAGAGUAUAACUGGAAUCAUGGUAUAUUUUGUUCUUGAUAUCCUUUGUUUCAUGGGUUUUUUUUUUGUAUUCACCAUUUUAUACUUUAUAUUCUUUCCUCCACCCUUCUCCAUCAUUCCUUGCAUAAAAUGCUGUGCUUAAGAAAAAAAAAAUAGGCUUCUAAGUUUGUAUACCUAGAAUAUUUCUCUAAGUACUUAAUGUUUCACUGAAUAUAUAAAGUUGAUGGAUUAUCUUUUUUUCUUUUCUAGACUCUGAAAAAAAUGAAUGCUAUGCUUGACAAAAUGCCUCAAGAUGCCAGGAAAAUACUCUCUAACCAAGAAAUGUUAAUUCUCAUGUAAUAAUUUGUACUAUAUUGCUUUAAUUCGUGGUUCAAGUCAAGAAUUUAAAGGAUAUUUUAUAAGGCUGAGUAGUAUGGGAGAAAGGAUUUUAGAUGCUGGAGAUUAUGACUUACAAGUAGGUAUCGUAGAAGCACUGUGUAGAAUGACUACAGAGAAACAAAGACAAGAAUUGGCGUAUCAGUGGUUUUCAAUGGAUUUUAUUGCUAAUGCAUUUAAAGGAAUUAAAGACUCUGAGUUUGAAACAGAUUGCAGAGUAUUUCUCAACCUUGUAAAUGGCAUGCUUGGAGACAAGAGGAGGGUCUUUACGUUUCCUUGUUUAUCAGCAUUUCUCGGUAAAUAUGAGUUGCAAAUACCUUCAGAUGAAAAACUUGAGGAAUUUUGGAUAGAUUUUAAUCUUGGGAGCCAGACUUUAUCAUUCUACAUUGCUGGAGAUAAUGAUGAUCAUCAGUGGGAAGCAGUGACUGUGCCUGAGGAUAAAGUACAAAUAUACAGCAUUGAAGUGAGAGAAUCGAAGAAGCUACUGACCAUAAUUCUGAAAAACAUAGUAAAAAUUAGUAAAAGAGAAGGGAAAGAAUUGCUGUUGUAUUUUGAUGCAUCAUUAGAAAUCACUAGUGUGACACAAAAAAUUUUUGGUGCAAAUAAAUAUAGGGAAUUUACUAGAAAACAAGGUAUUUCAGUUGCCAAAACAUCUGUGCAUAUACUUUUUGAUGCAAGUGGAUCACAGAUUCUAGUGCCGGAAAGUCAAAUCUCACCCAUGGAAGAGGAACUCAUUACUUUGAAAGAAAAACCUAACUCCCAAAAGGAAUUUGCUAAACCUCCAAAAUAUAUCAAAAACAGUAAUCAGGGGGACAGAAAAAAUAGUCAGCCUGAGAUAAUUACUCCUAGCAAAAGAAAAAUGUCUGAAGCAUCAAUGAUUGUUCCUGGUGCAGACAGAUACACUGUGAGAAGUCCAAUACUUUUAAUCAACACAUCAACACCACCAAGAGGAAGAAUUAAACCACCACUGCAAAUGAUGAGUUCUGCAGAAAAACCUGAUAUCCCUAAAACGUCAGAAAGUGGAGUAGGCAAUGCUGUAUCUCUUACAUCUAGACCAUCUGAAGGAAGAAAUGGUGGAGAUAAGACAGACCAACAUAUCGAAACUGCUAAAGUUGUAGAGAAGACAGAAAAUAAGGACAUUGAAUUCCCAAACCAAAAUAUGAAUGACCUGCAGGAUAUUGUUCCAGAUUCCCAGGCAGUGGAGAAAAUAGAUAAACCUGUGUUACCUGGUGUUUUGGACAACAUUUGUGGAAAUAAAAUGCCCUCCAAGUGGUCAUGCUGGACUCCUGUAACAAAUAUUAAUCUAUGUGAUAACCAAGGAGCAGGUACUUCAUCAGGAGACACAUUCAAUCAAGAUGUUAUUGUCAACAAAAAACUUACAAAACAAAAAUUAUCCUCUUCAAUAUCUGAGGAUAAUUCUGAAGAAACAGAAAAGGUGCAAUAUAAGAAAAAAACAAUGCAACAUAACAAAAUAGAGAAAGCAGAAGUAGGAGUUUGCAAAAGAGACACUCAGCAACGACCAAAUCAUCCUAAACAUUCGGAGCAGAAAAAUACUGAAAAUACCAAGCAAAGUGAUUGGCGUAUUGAAUCUGAAACUACUUUUAAGUCCGUUCUCCUAAAUAAGACAGUUGAAGAAUCCCUAAUCUAUAGGAAGAAAUACGUACUGUCAAAAGAUGUGAAUACUGCAAUUUGUGAUAAAAGCCCUUCUCCUAAAAAAAAAGUGAGAAGUCAUAGAAAAUCGGGGAAAAGAUUAACGCCUGAACUUAAUUCCUGGGAUUUGAGACAAAAAAAAAUGAGAGAAAAAUCAAAAGAGAAAGGAUUUACUGAUGCAGCAGAAUCUUUGAUAAAGCAAAUUAAUAAGAGGUAUAAACCAAAGGAUGACAUAAAGUCUACAAGAAAAUUCAAGGAAUCUUUGAUUGACAGUGGUUUUUCAAACAAAUCUGAUCUACAGCUCAGUAAGGAAAAGGUUCAGAAAAAAAGUUAUAGACAACUGAAGACUUCUUUUGUUAAUGUUACUUCUGAAUGCCCAUUGAAUGAUGUUUACAAUUUUAAUUUGAAUGGAGCUGAUGAGCCUAUUAUAAAACUUGGAAUCCAGGAAUUUCAAGCUACAGCUACAGAAGCCUGUGUGGAUAAUUCAAUAAAAUUGAUAGGUUUAAGGAAUCAAGAUGAACUUGAAACUUCCCUCAAAACAAAAGAUAAAAGAAUUGUAACAAAUCCUAAAAAGAAAAAUCUCUUUAGUGAUACUGACACAGAAUACAGAUGUGAUGACAGCAAGACUGAUGUUAGCUGGCUAAAGGAACCAAAAUCAAAACCACAGCUAAUAGACUAUAGCAGAAAUAAAAACAUGAAGAAACCUAAAAGUGGGAAAUCAAAACCAUCUUUAGAAAGGGGACAACCAAGAUCUAAAGUGACACCCAACAAAAACAUCACCAAAAAGGUAGAGGAGACAGUUCCAGAUGGGAGAACCAGACUUCCACGAAGAGCAGCAAAAACCAAAAAAAAUUAUAAAGAUCUCUCAAAUUCAGAAUCAGAGAGUGAACAAGAAUUUUCACAUUCGUUUAAAGAGAAAUUGCUAGUAAAGGAGGAGAAUAUCCAUUCCAGGAGCAAAACCAUGAAGCUGCCAAAGAAACAACAGAAUGCCUUCUCUGCUGAAACACAAAAGGAUAUAUCAAAAGAAUGGAAAAAUUCAACUCUCCUAAAAGAUGCUGUAAGAGAUAAUAGCCUUGGUUUAUCUCCGAUAUCCUUAUCUGGGAGCCCAUCGCCUAUAGAAGUAAUGAGAUGCAAUACAGGUAUAGAGAAGAUAAGAGAAAGGGAUUUUACUCAGGAUUAUGACCGUAUAACAAAAUCCCUAUCACCGUCUCCAAAAAUUUCAUCACCUGAAUCCUUAAGCAGUAAAUAUGGAGUUGGAGACCCAAAAAAGUCACUUAAAGACAGCGACAAAAGUUUAUGUGCGAGAGAAAGUUGCUCACCAAUUCCACGAUCCUUCUUGGGAAGUCAUUCCGCAUCUCCACUAUCCCUGUCUAGUGAAGGAAGAGAGCAAAUAUGGUUGGACAUGCCUCGUGACUCUACUCACAUGUCAGGCCCCACACGGCAUCUUAAUCGCAAACGAAUGUACAUAGAAGAUAAUCUAAGUAAUGCUGAUGAAACAGAAUUGGAAGAGGAGGAGAAAGGGAGAGUAUACUUGCUUCCCAAAAAACUAUCUAAAACUGAAGAUAGAGAUCAUCACACUUACAAAGUGUCUGGAAGUGUAUCUCCAUUAUCAAUAAAUGACUUUUCUAUCCAUGGGGAGAGCUGGGAAAGUGAGAUCUUAGGGCUAGAGGUGAUAUGUGAGAGCCUCAACACAGAAUUCAGGAGGAAGUUUCACAUCCGCCAAAAACUGAUGGAUUAUUUUACUAAGCUGUCUUGGAAAACGGCUCAACAACAUCUGAACACAAUGAACCAUCAGAUUCAGGAGUAUAGGAUCAAAAAACUUGAUAAGUUCCAGUUCAUCAUCAUUGAGGAGCUGGAGAAUUUCGAAAAAGACUCACAGUCUUUAAAAGAGUUGGAGAAGGAAUUUGUGGAUUUCUGGGAGAAGACAUUUCAGAAGCUCAAUGCCUAUCAAAAAAGGGAACAGCAAAGGCUUCGCCUUUUGAAAGCAUCCCUGGACAAAAAUGUCUUCUACAACACUGAUUACGAAGACACCGUGUUUACAUCUGAGAUGUGUUCGAUGAAAGAAAACAUGAAAAUGCUGCAAGACAGACUCCUCAAGGAAACAGCAAUACAGAGUAGCCCUACAAAAAGAAAAAUACACAUGUCACCCAGGCAAGAGUGCUUUUGUAGGAGCCUCCAAAUCCAAAGAAAUGUCGUCUUGUGGAUGAGAAAGAACCACUUUAACAUGACUCCAACCUCGAGACUUCUGUCUGUAGAGUACUGCUCUUCUUUUAAAGAGAAAAUUUUGGGAAACCAAACAGCAAAAGGAAUUUGCUUGUUUUUGAAGUAAUAUUUACAUUGAAUAAAUCUUACCAAGUUAACUAUACUCAUAAAACUAGUUUAAUAAAGUUUAAAAUAUUUUUAAAUGAAUACAGUUUGAACUAAAUAUAAGGUAUUGCUAGUUCAGAAUAUGCUACAUGUAAUAAAAAUUUAGCCAUGCUGAGAAAGGGGAGAAGGCUCAGAUUGAAAAUGCUUACCUGAGUCUAAGUCGGUACUCUCAGCACACUGUUGGAGAGAGUGUUUAUUCAGUUACAGCUCCAGUUACUAUAUUGUCUGAACAUCUUAAUUAAUUCUAGGUAGAAGUCUUAACUCAUAAGCAGGCUGUUUUGACCAGUACUUUUUAAGCUCCUAAUAUUCAUUGUAAUAAUAUCUUGCUAAAAUAUACAUUUGUUUUAAUUGUAUAGUUAAGUUGAAAUAAAUGCUUUGUGACUUGAA